AGUUAUUUGACAUAUGACAAUUGACAGUCGUCAAAAUUUGUGGAAAAAAAUUAUAAUUAUAAAAUUGUAAUUUUAAUUAUAAAAAGUGAUUAACUAAUCUCUUAACUGAACCUUACUUAGCAUUUAACUGAGAAAGUAAUAGUUUAAGUUUUUUGUUGUACGUUUUGCAUUUUGGCGCAAUUUUAACAAGUGAGGUUAUGUUUAUGUUUUUCCGGAAAUACUAAAAAAUGGCUCAUUCUUUGAGUAAAAGACAUAAAUUUUUUAUUCAGUUCAUGUUGACUAAUGGUUUAGUGACUGUAGAUAAGGCUUUGAAGUUUUUCAGUGAAAUUAGUCCAGAACAAAACCAAUUAAUUCAUUUAAAAUCGUUGAUAAUUGAAAUUAAUAGAGCAAUAGGCCUCCAGUAUUUUAAAAUAGCCACUUCAAUUUGUGAGGUAACAGGUGAAAAUGUCUUUAUCUGGAUAAAUACAAAAAAUGACGAGUUAAGUAAGCACCAACUAGGAUUUUCGCCAGUGGAAUUGGAAUAUUUCCAUGCCAUAAUGCAAGAAAUUAUCACUUCAGAGAAUCAUCAAGUGCUGUAUCCUCGCUGCAUUAACAUCACUUCAACUUUAGUGGGAACUUUGUCUCGCGAAAGUGGCGAAAAAGCGCUAAUAAAGUGGAUCAAGGGAGGGUACUUUGUAAAAAAGCAACAGUUUGUCUAUUUGGGUGCUAGGACUAUUUUAGAAUUUACAACAUACUUGAGGACGAACACCGAGAACUGCACUUGCAGUUUGUGUUCAGAGUUGGUUUUUGUGGGUAAGAAUUGUGGGUCUUGUGAGAAUACUUUUCAUGCCUUCUGCAUUCAAAAAUAUCUCCAAAAUCAGUGUAGAUGUCCCUCUUGUAAAGCUGAUUGGGAAGAAGCAAAUACCAACACUAGCAUGGACGUAGAUUCUGAUGAAGGACCCAGCGAAAGGCCAGGAUCAAGCAGUUGAUUCUUAAGCCUAUUUUAUUAUAAAAAUGUGGGUUACAUUUAUGAAUUGUGUAGAAGCUUAUUAAAAGCGGCGUAAGAACUUUCCAAAUCAAAAAGUAAUUGUCUUAUUUGAGAAUCUGACAAUUCAUCUGACGCUUGCAUGUUGUUUAAGGUGUUGAGCCACUCUGUAACCUUUUCUUUCCCUUCAAAAUCAGACGGUAAAAUACUCAAUCUGUUCAUAGUGUCGACCAGAUCUCUCAAUUCUGGAUGCAAGUCAUCCAUCGCUUUUAUGUCUAAUCUCAACUUAUCCAUGAUGGUUAUAAACAACUAAAAAUAGUAUUUUAGGCAAGAUAAAAUAACAACAAAGACUUACAGAAACAAUAUCAGCAAUACAUUUACUUGUGUUACCCUUAUCGUCUUUGAUAGUAAUAGGUCUAUCCUCCUUUAUCCUUUCUAAAGCAGCUGGACAGUCCAACUAAAAUAACCCAAUUAGUUUAAU